CCUCCGCAACAGCCACCGACGCUAAGCACGGAUCACCUUGUCAGAUCGUUUCCUCUACAUGAUCGAUCAUGCUUGAAUGUGCAACAAUUCUGUAACUGAGAAGCUAUCGAAGCUCGACGGUGUCUAGCCACCCAGUUGCUUAGAAUUUGGUUGCAAUCCUUGAAACGAAUCCUUGGUCAGAUUCUUAGUGGGUCGACGACCACAUCCAGCUUGCUGAUUGUUUCCGAUGCACAUUUGUGUCGACAGAUUGUUAUAGAAACUAAUAGGGCACUUGUAUCUGAUGACGGCGACCUUGAAUGCAUUCAGAGUCCUCGAAGAACGUUUUUUGUGGAAAAGCAGUGUUCAAAGUGUUGUAAUGUUUUGAAGUUUACGGUGUUUCCGCAACGAGAAAACCAUGCGUCUAAUGGUUGGAUAUUAGCCUCGUUGUGGAUCGUGGAAGGCGCGUGGAAUUCAAGCCUCGGAAUCAAGAAUACGACGGCCCACUUCUUAAACUUGGCAAUGCCGAUCCCUGAGGAGGUCACUUUUACAAACACGUGAUAAACAGUUCCGACCAGAUGCAUUUCCUGCGGUGCUCCCUCAUGUGCGCCGCCCUGGAGACUAAGAUAGUGGGCAUGGAAAACACGGCUCUCUCUCACUAUCUCUCUCACCUUGUGCCACACGAGUGUUGACGUUUGCGCCAUUUGAAUCUACAAUAUUGUUCUGAUCAGUUGGGAUGAAGUCGGAGUGGAGGAAUGUCGAAGCAGCCAUAUUUCGGUGAAAGUAUGUGCACAUUGAGAUGGUUUUGUGAGCAAUCCCUUUGGGAAGAUUAGAGAGCGCUAGUGUGUCAGAGGAAUUCUUAUUCCUGACAUUUCUAGUUAAGGAUUUAUAGGAAGGAGAGCAUUAUGUUUGUGGUCCCACCUGGUAGACUUUGAUGGUUCUUUUGAGAGUGAGCCUACAAGUGGUGCCUCGUUCUCUCGUACGAAGUUUGAGUGUGCACUUUUAUUCAUCGAAUAACGCACGAGUUCUAAGGUGCAGAUUUCCUUAUGUGACUGGCAAAUAGUGUCCUCAAUUCCUCCGGUCGAGAAAUAUCCAAGUCGGGUUAGUAUUGCGGUUAAACUAGCUCAGUUCUCAACUGUCCGCUGCUUCUGUUUGUCACAAAGACAUCAGGAUUUAAGUGGUGGAGAGAUGAUGAAGGCUUUAGGUACAUGAUAGAAGCAAAACAAUUUCUCAUUCGUACGCUGUCGGAAGUAUUCCAUUAAAGCUCCACGUGCAAUUGCGACACCCAGGUUGAGAGCUUACCCAGUGACCUAAUUGACGCUAACUAGAAAUUACAAUGUGUCGAAGCAAUUUGUUAACUUGGUUGUUGGUAUUUGAAAUCCAAAGAGGUAUGUUGCAUGACAGGUUAAUAGAAUAAGGUUGAAAAGGAGGGCUAGAGGGAUCAGUGGAGGAAUAUUUAACCAUGAGGAUCGAUCAGUGGGCAGGCUUGGCAUCAGCCAUGGCCAUUCAGGCAUGUGGAGGAUUGACGUAUACGUAUGCGGUUUAUAGCGAACAUUUGAAAGAGGUGCUACAAUUUACACAAGUUCAAGUUGAUGAAAUUGGUGCGGCAAAGGAUUUCGGACAAUCACUGGGAAUUUUGGGGGGGCUCCUUUUCAACUUGUAUCCUCCUUUUGUCACAGUCUCAAUCGGUGCUGUGCUUCAUUUUUUUGGCUACAUGAUUGUGUUGAUGACCUUAUCAAGAAAGAUGUCACCACCGUUUUGGCUGCUUUGUACAGCAAUCGGCAUAGGCGUGGGUGGUGAUAGUUGGAUGGACUUAGCUUGUAUUGGUACCAACUUACGGAACUUUCAAGAGCAUCGAGGAACUGUUUUGGGCAUUUUGAAAGCCGAGGUGGGACUGAGUGGGGCCAUUUUUGUAACGAUUUACAAGGCAUUUUUUAAGCCGAAUGUAGAUAGGUACGUGCUUCUUGUCGCCGUGGGCCCUACAAUUAUAGGCUUAGCUCUGGCGCUCAUGAUCCGCCCCUAUUCAUCUGAGGGUUUUGGGGAGAGUAACCGAGCUAAUACGCAGUGGAGGUUUCAACUAACUUAUGGGACCAUCAUCAGCUUGGCUGUUUAUCUUCUUGUUAUUAUUCUCACUGAAGCCUUCCUGGAAGAUGAAUUAACGAAACCAGUGCUCAUUGCAUUUGCAAUUGUGAUGAUCACAAUCAUGGGCAUUUCAUUUGCAAUGCCAGUGCUCCAUAGUCCAGUCGCGAUGCUGAAGAGACGAAUGACAGGGGAAAGGGCCUCUAUGUCCUCAGCUCAGGAGAGGGGUUUUGAUAUCCUUGUUGACGAAUCCAACAUUGAAAUUAGCGGAGGUAAUGUCAUGCUCCAUCGAAUUCACAAGUCUUGUACUGUUGAGCAUGAAGAGCAAGCACCUCUCAAGGGUGAGUUUGAGACGAGGUCAAAGGUUGGUGUAGACGCAAACCUGGGCGAGGAUACAUGUGUGAAAAAUAUAUUCGAGAGUCCCUUUGAGCCACCGGACAUGACAGUUAGGAAAGCCAUACAAACUGCAAAUUUUUGGAUUCUCGCGUUUAUUGCGAUGAUGGGGCCGGGCUGCGGGUUGGCGGUCAUCAACAACCUGUCACAGAUGGGGAGAGCGAUGGAUAUGGACGGGGUGGAGAGUUUAGUAGGUUUAUUUAGUAUUUGGAGUUGCUUUGGGCGCCUCAUUGCAGGAUAUGGAUCCGACUCUUUGCUGAGGAAAGGCUGGCCGAGGCCCCUCAGUCUCCUUGCUGCCCAUUUCACCAUGAUGUUUGGUUGCCUACUGCUUGCUACUGGUUCUGUGCCUAUAUUGGCAUUGGGAUCGGCUUGUGUAGGUCUUGCUUACGGGGCAUUCUGGAGCUUAAUCCCAUGCAUCGUUUCUGAGGUUUUCGGAUUACGUCAAUUCCCUACAAUCUACAAAGCAAUCGUGUCAAUUGUUCCCUUUGGCGCCUACCUUCUUUCUGCACAGGUUGUAGGCUUUCUGUAUGACCGCGAAGUAUUGAAUUAUCAUAGCCAUUUUCCCAACCGACAGUGGAGUACCAAGGAUAUAAACACCUGCUAUGGCCGGCGAUGCUUUGGUUACUCACUUGUAUUCUUAGCUUCCAUUUCCGUAAUGGGCGUUGCUGUCGCUUCAGUCUUAGCUUGGUGCACAAAAAACGUUUACGUCAGAUCAAGAACAACCCCAUUAGAAACUGCCCAGUAGACGAAGUUCUCCGUCAUAUUUUCAUUAGUGUAAAGCUUCCUACAAAUUAUUGUCAGUGUUACAAUUUUAAUACACAUCCUGCCAAAAAAAAUUCCAGUCUUGGUUAACCACA